AUGUUAAGAUCUGUAGGAAGACAAGCUUCCCGUCUUAGGGGGUGUAGAAUUGCUCAAACCGGAGCUAUUGCUCGUGUGCUGGCCCAAAGAUUCCAAUCUUCAAAGUUAAACACAACUCCAACUGAAAUUUACACCAAAAUUUCUGAUUCUACCGAUCCUCAACGAAAUGCCUUCUUCCAAUACACUUGGGGUUCAUGGAUGAAGAACGACGCUGUGGAACGUAAGCGUAGAGAAACCAGAUUUUCCAUCGAAGGUGUUUCCACAGUUUUGGAAGAUCUUGCCAAACUUGCUGGUGAAUCGAAAAACCUUGACAAGAAUGGUACACCAGUUCUUAAGGCUCCAACUGAACUUAAUGAUGGUACCACAGUCUUGACCAACAACUUGGUCUCUGACCUUAUUGGUGACGUCUCGAACAACCAAUCCCUUCUUAUUAAGUCUAUUGCCAGUAUCCAUGAGGGUAAACAUAACCGUAUCUACAAGAUUACCUUGUCCACUGGAAAAGAUUUGGUGUUGAGAAUUCCAUACCCAUUGGAACAACAAUAUACUACAUCCUUAGUUGUUAAGAGUGAAGUUGCCACUUUAGAUUUUUUGAAUUUGAAAUUAGGUUUAAAUGUCCCAAAAGUUGUUGCCUAUGGUUAUGAUAGAGAUAAUGCCUUGAAGUCGCCAUUUAUUUUGAUGGAAUACGUCGAAGGUGACUUGUUGAUGAAACAAUGGGAUCCAUUGGUACAAGAGGGAAGCGAAGCUGGUGAAGCUCAAUCCAAAUUGAAGUCAGUUCUUGAUCCAGUUGCUGAUUUCCAAGAAAAGCUUCUUUCAAUCACUUUUAACCAAUUUGGUUCUUUAUAUUUUGCCAAGGAUAUUGAACAAGCUCCAUCCUCUCCAUAUGAAGGUGAAACCAAUCCAUUGUUACAAAACAGAUGGAAAAUCGGUCCAACUACUGAAAGAAUUUACCACAAGGGUAAGUAUCAAUUAACCAAGAAACAUCUCACUCCUCAUUUGGGUCCUUGGGAUAAGUCCAAGCCAUUGGAAUUGAUUAGCUCUGUUGCUGGUGUUCAGCUCGAGUCCUUGCGUCACCGUUUGUCCUUGUCUGAAGCUGGUUCCAGUAACGUUAUUGAAAAUGUUGAAUUACUCAAAAGUCAAAUUGCCACUUAUGAACAUUUACAAACUAUUUCUCAAAAAUUACUUAACCCAGUUUCUAAAUCCAUUUCCAAUGUUGAAGAAUUAUUCAAGCCAAGAUUAUUUGCCCCUGAUUUAGAUCCAUUGAAUGUGAUUAUUCUGAGCAAGACUGGUAAACCAGUGUUUGUUGAUUUUGAAAACACUUCGAUUAAGCCAUUUAUUCUCCUGAGUCACCCACCAUUUGUUGCCUAUCAAGGUGCCAAGGUUUAUGACUUGGAAGAAGAUAUUCCAGGUUUCGCUGAAAUGGAUGAAGUUGAAAAGCAACAAUACCAAUUCAUGCAUUACAAGACUCGUAAUGAAAGAUUAUGGGAAGUUGGUUUGAAUGAAAGAAGACAUGAUUUAAUUGCAGUUGCCUCCCCACAUAUCAAGGUAUUGAAGUCCGCAUACUUGCAAGCAUUAGACUCAAAGUCCGAUAAAGAUUAUUUAUAUGUUGAAGGAGCCAUCGUUCAAUUACAAGCCAUGUGGGAUGCCUAUGUUGCCAAUGGAUUGGUUAACACUGAAGAACUGGAAUUCCCUAUUAAAUACACUGCUGAAUACUUGGAUCAACAUCAACAAGAAUUGGAAGACUUCCAAUUAGAAGCUGUAUCUACUCCAUUUGCUGCCACUGGCGGAUGGGUUCCUCAAGAUAUGUUUGUUACUCUUAAGGAACAAGGUAUCAUUGUGGAAGAUGAAAAUGGAAACUUCAAGAUUGAAACUGAAAAGGCUCUUGAACAAGAUGAAGAAGAAAAGAAACAAUUCGAAGAGGCUGAGAAGCAAGAAGAGGAGGCCAAGAAACAAAACUAA